AUGACACCUGGCAGCCCAGAUGACAACUCUGGUGCAAAACAUGAUGUUCCUCAUUUUAAAGCAUUUGUUAAAGGAACCGACAUCACGGAUAUCCAUGAGUGUCUGAUUUCAGAGACGGCAGACUACAUUCCCAGCCUUCAUGUUGAGACGGCUUUGGCAAACUGCAUAAAUAGCGGGUUCGAAGCUUACUUAAAUGGAGGAUAUGGCCAUUAUCUCAUCCUUAUCCACUACCCCGGCCAUGGAGGCACGGAUCCGGAAAAAGGACAGUUCUUUUGCCCGACAGAAGAUUCCACGCGCCGGUUCUACCUUCGAUCGCUAAUAAGCCGCAUUUCUACCUUUUCUGAAAUUGACGGGCCUUCCUUUGAUGUUGUUAUAAUUAUUGACUCCAACUAUUCUACAGCUGAUCACCCGACCAUCCAGCCAAAGGCUGGCCAGACAGUUGAGCUGCUUGCUGCUGUCACUCGAGUGAAAGAAAGUUCCCUAAAAGCUAUCGAUUUCGCUACCAUUCUUGGUCUUGCCCAGGAAAACUCAACUAUUAAAAUGCCUGUGCACAGGUUCCUCGUAGGGUCUCUCCCUAUCAAGAUCGGAAUCCCUCCUUACUAUGACAACCCCCUUCUGUGUUUGCCCGUGCUACGGCCAGAACCUGCUCCUGGAAAGCACGGCAUUAUCAUGUUCUGCAAUGUCGCCGGCCACGCAGGAUCAGUUGAGGUUCAACGGCUGGUUCAGUGGAUAAAAGGCCUCGAUGCAUCUGUUGCUUUGCAUGUUGACGGAAUAUAUGAGUGCGAUGGUGCUGGAGGUAGCUCGACUGGUUUGCUCUUACGAGCUCCUUUCAACGUAUUUUACACUGUGGAGCCCCUUCCCUGCGUCAAGAUGUUGUUCCGAGCGCCUUUUAACCAAGGUAACGUUCCAAGCCGCUUCGCUGGUUCGGAACUAAGGGAACCCGGGGACAAGAUCCCAACGCCAGAACCAACUGUUACCAACACUCCGGGUGGAAGCUCUUUAAUGAUACCUGAAACUAUCUGA